AACGUGCAGCAGCUGCAUAACAAGUGGAUGAACGUGCACACCAGCAUGCAGGACACCCUGAUUGGGCCGCUCAGUAAGCGGAUGAAUGAGGACCCAGACGCCAUGUUCGCGCGGCUGAUCAAGACCGACGAGAACUUCCGCUUCUUGCACGAGUGUCUGGAGUGGGUUCGCGAGAAGCUGGGUCAGCUUCAAGAGGCCGAGUACGGACACGACCUCCACUCGUGCCAGGAGGAGCUGGAAUCCCACCACAAACAGCACAAGGUCAUCGACCAGUUCCAGGUGAACCUGGACCGCUGCGUGGCCGCCAAGAACAACUACGACCAUGAUGAGCUGGCGCUGUACAUGCGUGUGCUGAGCCAGCUGCAGAAGACGUACGCCGACCUGCUGUCCAUCUCCAACAAGCGGCUCUCCGACCUGAUGAUCCUGCACGACUUCAUCCAGGGCGCCACCAACGAGCUCAUCUGGCUGAACGAGAAGGAGGAGGCCGAGGUCAACCGCGACUGGAGCAACCGCAACCAGGACCUGCGCCAGCUGGACGCGCACUAUGAGCACGUGAUGAGCGAGCUGGAGCGGCGCGAGCGACAGUUCAACGCCAUCCAGGAGCAGGGCGGCUCGCUGGUGGCGCAGCACCACCCGGCCUCCAAGACGGUGGAGGCUUACCUGGCUGCCAUGCAGACCCAGUGGUCCUGGCUGCUCCAGCUCACACUCUGCCUCGAGACGCACCUCAAGCACGCACAGAUCGCGCACAAGCUCUUCCAGGACGUGGACGAAAUGGCGCACGUUAUUAGGGAACAGGACGAGCGCCUCAACACGGAGUUCAGCCAGACGGACUUCACGCUGGACGAGGGCGAGCAGCUGCUGCGCGACAUGCAGGAGCUGCGUGACCAGAUGAGCGGCCAGGCGGAGGUCAUCGACGAGCUGGAGCGGCGCGCGCACCUGGUGACGCCGCAGCGCCAGCGCCGCGAGCGCCUCGACGGCCCGCUGCCGGUCACCAGUAUCUGCCAAUACAAGAACGCCAACAUGACGAUCCAGAAGCAGGAGAAGUGCACGCUGCUGGACAACAGCCACCGGACCAAGUGGCAGGUGCGCUCAGCCGGUGGUCAGCAGGGCGCGGUGCCUAGCGUCUGCUUCCUGCUGCCGCCGCCCGACCAGGAGGCCCUGGAAGCGGUGCAGCGGCUCAAGCGACAGUACGAGAUGUCCAUCACGCUCUGGCAGCGCAAGCAGCUGCGCAUGCGCCAGAACAUGAUCCUGGCCACCAUCAAGGUGGUCAAGAGCUGGGACCUGCAGCAGUUCAUGGCGAUGGGCAGGGACCAGAGGGACGCGAUCCGACGAGCUCUCAACGAGGACGCCGAGAAGCUGAUCCAGGAGGGCGACCCGAAGGACCCGCAGCUGCGUCGGCUGCGACGUGAGAUUGACGAAGUCAACCGACUCUUCGACGAGUUCGAGCGUCUGGCGGCCGAGGCGAACCCGACCAACCAGUUCAACACCAAGGUGACGUCGCUGGAGUCGGAGCUGACGAAGGCGGAGGGCGAGCUGGCGGACCGCUGCACGGCGCCCAUCCCGCGCGACGCCCGCGACGCUCAGCGGCUGGUGACCAAGCACAAGGACUGGGAGAACCGGCUGCAGCGUCACGAGCCGACACUGGAGGAGGUGCGCACCAUAUACGACUCGCUCAGCAAAAAGACGCCCACAAUGCAGGCUAAGCUCGACAGAGUGAACACGCAGUGGGAGAGCAUCUGGAAGAUGUCACACACUUACAUUGAACGUCUGAAGUGCGUUGAGGUGACCGUAAAUGAACUGGAGGAGGCUACCAAUGUGGUCAGUCACCUGGAGGCCAAGCUGAGCGACUACCGCCAGCUUCCCGACGACCGCGAAGGUCUGAAGUCGGCCCACCUCAGCCUGGUGGACCUGCAGAACAACCUGCAGAAGAAACAGGGUGCGAUCGAACAGCUCAACGUUGACAUGGGUAAGACGCGCAAGACGACGGAGCGGACGCGUCCCCGGCAGCGGAACCACCCGGACGUGGAGGAGCUGGAGGACGACGUCAACCGCGUCACCAAACAGUGGACCAACUGCUGCGAGGGCGUCGUCGACAGGCUGCGCUCUGUGGACCAGGCGGCGGACCUGCUGGCGCAGUACGAGCAGAAGGAGCGCAUGGAGCGCCAGUGGGCCUCGCAGAUGGAGGCGGAAGCGCGGCACCGGCAGCAGGAGGAGGAGCGCGCUCGGCAAGCGGUGAUCGAGAAGUACCGCCAGUGUGACGAGUCGAUCGCCGACUUCCUGGGCUGGAUGGCCAAGGUGGAGAAGCGGUUGGCCAGUCAGGAGGAGGUCCAGGAGGACGUCCCCAAGCUCCGCAACCAGAUCAACGUGGUCAAGGCCAUCAAGGAUGAGCUGAAGCAGCAGCAGCGCCCGGUGUUCGCGGCGCUGGACCAGGUGCAGGACGUGGCCGAGCGUGCCGGCGACAUCCUUUCCAAGGACGAGCUCAAACAGCUGCAGCACAAUGGACAGGAGCUGCGCCAGCGAUACGACACCGUGACGGACCGCAGCGACCAGCUGCUGCGGAGCCCUCGGCGCCUGCCUGGACGAGCUGAGCAAGUACCGCUCCGACCUGGACACGUUCGAGGUGAGCGGCCGUGCUGCCGCGGCCGGCCGGCGGAGGCCGCCACUCGGGUCCGCUGCGGACGCUCGGUGAUGAUCCGGCACUCCGGCAUGCGACCUGGCUCACCCGGGCCACGCACACGCGUGUCGGACAAGGAGCGGCAGCUCUCCGACCUGGGCAAGCUGAAGUCGAGCGAGCAGGGCUGCCGUGACCUGAAGUUUAUCGACGAGAGCAAGGAGCACCUGAAGACGCUCAACGACUUCCGCACCACCUGCACGCAGCGCAUGGCCGUCAUGUCGAGCCGCGCGACUACGGUCAAGGGGUCAAGCGCGUACCAGGACCUGCUGGGCCGCGCCAACAAGCUGUCGGACAAAGUGUCCAGCCUGGGCGGCAGGCCAGCGGCAAGUUGUUCGACAACGCACACGGCGUCGGCCGCGCAGCUGGUGAAGGCGCUCGAGGGCCAGAUCACCCCGAAGGAGGGCGAGCGCAUCACGCGCCCGCCGACCGACCUGACCGAUCAGUACCGCCGGCUCUCCGACGCCGUCAUCGACCGCUGCCAGGCGCUGGACAUGGCGCUGGUGCAGUCGCAGGGCGUGCAGGACGGUCUCGACUCGCUGAUGGCGUGGUUGAACCAGGCCGAGGCGCGGCUCAAGUCCAUCCUGAAGCCGGCCAGUCUGAACCGCGAUCGCCUGACGGAGCAGGUGCAGGAGCAGCGGCUGCUGCAGACCGACAUCGACUCGCACCAGCCGGGCGUCGACCAGAUCCAGCGCUCCGCGCGCCAGCUGCUCGAGACGCCCUCUAACGCGCGCAUCGCCAAGAAGAUCGAGGAGAACCUGCGCGAGCUGACGACGCGCUUCGACAAGCUGCACGAACGGUGCCAGGAGCGCGGCCGUCAGCUGGACGAGGUGGCCUCGCAGACCGACAACUUCUGGGGCAAGGCCGAGCGCUUCGAGCAUUGGUUCGUCGAGAUCUUCGAAGUGGUGGAGUCGCAGGAGAUCAUCAAGCUGAACGCCGAGUCGUACACGAGCAAGAUGGACGAGCUGGCGUGCCGGCGUGACGCGGGCCGGCCCGACUACGAGGCGGCCGUGCGCACCGGCACCGCCCUCGUGGGGCGCCGUGACGUCACUGACACGGCUGUUACCAAGGACAAGGUCAAGGAAAUGGAGGCGCAGUGGCGCGAGCUGCAGGACCUGCUGGACGAGCGGCUUCAGGAGGGUCGCACUCGCUCCGACUCCCUCAACGCCUACGAAAAGCUCAAGGAGGACGUGCUGACUUGGAUGAAAAAGAUGGAGACCCGCAUCGACUCCCUGCAGCCGGUGGCCGUGGACCAGAAGCUGCUGAAGCAGCAGAGCGACGAGCUCAAGCCACUAGUGAAGGAACACGGCCAGUACGUGACCACGAUCGACAAGGUGAAUGACCUGGGCAACCAGUACGACGCCUUGCUGCGGGCCGAUCGGGCCGAGACGCCGUCCCGACGUCGCUCCUCCGUCACGCCCGCCAAGAAGACGUCCGUCGUCUCCCACGGACGCCGCUCCGUCACGCCUCUGUCAUCAGUGCGUAAGCCCUCUUUCGAGCGCUCGUCGCCGGCUCCCGGCCGGCCCAGCCGCCGUGAGUCGCAUGCUGACGGAUAUGUCGGUCUGGACGACCAAUCGCCGAUCCAGGCGCAGCUGAACGAGAUCAACCAUCGCUACCAGAUGGCAGGUACGCGGCUCACCGACCGGCAAGCGGACAUCGACACCGUCAGCGACGAAGUGCGCCGCCACAUGGACACGCUGAAGCAGCUGCAGCAGUUCCUGGACAAGACGGAGCGCCAGCUGCCGCGCGACGCCGUGCCGCAGAGCCGCGACGAGGCCGACAAGCAGCUGCGCGCCGUGCGAGCGCUCGUGGAGGAGGUGUACGAGCGGCAGCCGGCGCUGGACGGCCUGAAGACACAAGCGGGCGAGCUGCUGCGCCGGCGGCCCGGCGUGCCCGGCGCCGACCUGCUGCAGGGCGCGCUCACUGACGUGGUGGAGCGCUGGCGCGCGCUGCAGGAACGGCUCAAGGCGCGCCAGCGCAAUCUGCAGGACAGCCGCCAGUUCUUCGACACGCACGACCAGCUGAAUGGCUGGCUGCAGGCCAAGGAGAAGAUGCUGACGGUGCUGGGGCCGCUGAGCUCGGACCCGCGGCUCGUGCAGAUGCAGAGCCAGCAGGUAGCCGUGCUGAGGGACGAGUUCGCCGGCCAGUACCCCACCCUGCAGACGCUGAACCGCGUCGGUCAGGCGCUCGUGGAGGAGGCAGAGCCGGACAGUGCCACCGCGCAGAAGGUGGGAGACAAGCUACGCAAGACCAACGACAAGUGGGAGGAGCUGAUCGCCAAGCUGGAGGAUCGGGAGCAGAACCUGGACGCCGCCUCGGGCGCCAGCCAGCAGUUCAACGAGUCGCUGGGUCGCCUGCAGCGCGACCUGCAGAAGAUCGGCGACAACUUCGACGACCUGUCGACGGAGCGCACUGAGCCGCAGCAGAAGCUGAAGAAGCUGAACCAGCUCCAGCACCAGGUGGACGAGCUGCGACCGCAGCUAGCUGAGCUGGAAGCGCUCGGUGAGGAGCUGUGCAACGUGCUGACCGACCCGUCGGCCAAGACCGAGGUCAAGGACAAGCUGUACCAGCUGGGCCGCCAGCAGAACCAGCUGCAGAAGAAGAUGGACAACCUGCGCGCCGAGCUGGAGAACUCGCUGAAAGAGGACCGCGAGUUCGAGGACGGCUGCGCGGACGUACAGGAGUGGAUCAAGGACUGCGUCGACCAGAUGGGCCGCCCGCUGAAGGUGUCAGCCGACGCCGACAGGCUGGCGCGCCAGGUGGCAGAGUACGAGCCCGUCUACAAGAGUGUGACGGCGCGCGAGCACGAGGUGUUCCUCGUCCAGCGCAAGGGCCAGGACCUGCUCGCCAAGACGACCAACAAGCAGGAGGCCAAGACGCUGCAGAAGUUCCUGGAUAAGCUGCAGAAGGACUGGGACGGCAUGAAGCGGGAGGCAGUGAGUCGCCACACCCGUCUGCAGACGUGCUCCGACCUCUGCCGCAAGUACCACGCGGCGCUGGAGAGGUUCGCGCCCUGGCUGGACAAGGCCGAGGACCGGCUGGACCGCAUGCAGCCCAUCAGCUUCCGCAAGGCCGACAUCCAGAAGCAGCUGCGCGAGGUGCAGGCGUUCAAGAACGACGUGUCGCUGCACUCGGGCGAGCACGAGCAGACGCAGUCGGGCGGCGACGCGCUGCUCGCCGCCACCGACACUGACAAGGAAGGUGUGCAGGCCGACCUGCAGCUGCUACGGCAGCGCUGGGACGCCCUGAGCGCCGCCGCCGUCGGCCGCCUGCAGGCGCUGGAGGACGUGGCCGCCAAGGUGGGCGACUUCCAGGACAAGCUGCGCGACCUGGAGCACGGCCUGCAGCGCUGCGAGGACCGGCUCGGGGCGCACGACGCGCUCGGCGGCGGCCGCGACCCGCGCAUGCUGGGCCGCGUCAAGGACCUGCUGCAGGAGGCCGACCAGCUGGGCCAGCAGCUGGAGAAGGUGCGCGGCGCUGGCGACGAGCUGCGUCAGGACGCACACCAGCUGGGCUCCAGCGCAGACCACGUCAAGGACGACGUCGAUCGCGUCGACCGACGGCUGCGCGACUACGUCAAUGAGCGGCUCAAGGGGCUCUACCACCAGCUGGGUGUGCUGGAGGAGGAGCUGGACAACAUGGCGCCGGUGGCGCGCGAGGUCAUCAUCGUGCAGAAGCAGGUGACGGAGAUCACCGUCUUCAUGGAGAAGGUGGUGCACGAGCGACACGAGCUGGACGCCGCCGAGAAGACGGUCCAGGGCCUCGUUCAGGAGUGUGGUGGCCGAGAACUACACUGCGUGUGA